UGCCUCUCUCUCUCUACCUUCCCUACCUCAUUCUCAUUCUCAUCCCAUCCUCAUCCUCCAUCCUCUCUUUCUCGCUCUCUAUACUCGACCUCAUCCGCUAUCACACCCCGUAUCCACUGACUACACAUAUAUACCUCCCAUCGCUCUCUUGCGCCAAUUCCAUCCUUUCCUCUGUCUUUGGCACGCCAUACCUACCCGGAUUGCUGUUGCCCCAUCCUCAACUUCACCACCACUCUCGUUGGUAAACAGGGCCAACCCUCCGAUAAUAACAAUAUAUCAAUCGUAAUAAUGGCUACUACCUCCACUGAACAACCACCCACGGCCGCACCUGCUUCCGCACCCGCGACUGCGCCCGCUGCUUCACAGACUGCAACAACCCAGCAGACAGACUCGCGACCCGACACCGGUCACGACGCAUCAACUUCACCUCCCGUCGAACUGAGCACACUACCCACUGCCGCCGCGGAGCCAGCUUCCAACGACACCCCCACCACUGCUUCAAAACCAGAGCCAGCAUCGCAGACACAAGAACCAAAACCAUCACAACCUGCUCCGGCGGCCGCCGACCCAGUCGAGCCCGUCCAGCCCGUUGUGACCUCCGCUUCCGAAAAACCCGCUCCUCCUAAUGAAUUGACCCGCGCCGAAACUGAAGCGAUAGGCCCUUCAACAGACACUCCUGCGGCCAAACCAGACACUUCGAAUGGCCCCGUUGUCGUCAUCACACUGCUCCUCACUACCGGUGCGCGGCAUCCAUACAAGAUCGACGAGAAGUACCUGAAGAAGCGUAAUGUCAAUGUUGAGGACAUGGACCCAUACAAUAUCAGUGUCUACACUCUCAAGGAGCUGAUAUGGCGAGAUUGGAGGGAAGAGUGGGAACCUCGGCCCACGGCUCCGACUUCCAUCCGCCUCAUUCACUUUGGACGUAUGCUAGACGACAAGUCGCCACUCAAAGAAUGCCGAUUCCAGACAGAGGCGCCAAACGUCGUUCACAUGACUGUCAAGCCUCAAGAACUCAUCGACGAGGAAGACGCCAAGACGGGCAAGGACGGUCGCCGAAGAGACGGUGACGAUGAAUCGCAUGCGGGAUGUCGAUGCGUGAUUCUAUGAUGCGUCUAUCAUUGUUCUGAUGCGGAAAUAGCAUUCUCGGCGUUUACGUCAAGGUUCUUCUAGCUGGAGCAUUUCCUUCACGUCGUCAUGGUCGACUUUCACUUGCGAUGGGAAAAAGUCGCGGCGGGGCAUCAGCUUGAUCAACGUUACUGUUCAUGGCGCAAUAUCACCUCUGUUGCGACGUUGCUGCUGGUGGUUUUCAUGGGGAGUGCGUUUUGUGGGAGCUGCGCUAGAACCACUCAUCUUGAUUCUGUUACUUUCUUCUUCCACGGGGACCUUGUGUAUAGGAAAUCGGUCCCCGCAUGCUCAUUAUCACCCACCCAGGAUUGACAUAAUCUUCCCGGCGUUCAUAGACAUGUCGACAAUGUUGGCCGACGAAUCAUACUUUCGAUGAUCUUCUUUCCGCCUCUUCACCUCGUCAGUCACCGUCACAGGUAGGGGGGGAAAUGGGAGGAGGAGGAG